AUGUCCUUUCUUCAAACGCGGAAUCCGCUGGAACCACGACAGACCGAUCCGAAUAACAGCCCUGUCCUUAAUAUCUCAGCCACAUGGUCAGAAUCUAGCAAAGAACCACGCGUUUCCAGUCGCGGAACGGAAGAGAGCAAGAAUCCACUUCGUCACAACUCGCAAAAGCCGUGGGAACAUCACUUCGAAGCUCCGCUCUUCAUGGUAAUGCUGCUUGUCGUCGGCAUCGCAGUCUCAAUUGGCCAUCAUUUCUUUUACCAUUGGUUGAGCGGGCAGGAGGUCCAGAGCGCAGACAGACAGCAAUGGGCACUUCGAAUUGGAAAUGCAUUCGCGUUCCUGGCCAAAUGUUGCUUUUGCAGCGCUGCCAACUUUGCUUUUACCCAGUGGCUAUGGAAAACUCUCAGGGCCAAGUUCAUCACCAUUCAAGUUGGGAGAUGCUCUCAAGAGUCAAAGUUGGAACAGUGCUGGCAGUUGUUACAUGGCAAGUUGACAUCCGAUCAUGUGCAUCGUAAGGCUACUUACACUGUUGUACGCAGGUGCAUACCGUUGAUAACGCUCGUCACACCUGCAACGCUUUCAGUGAAGGCGGAUCUUGCCCAGAGUCCGGUCGUCACAGACGUCCCAGUCCCAUUAGCACCACAAGACAUCAUUCCCCUCAAAGAACUUCUUUCGAUAUGGGUAAAGACGCAAGGGGUCAUUGUCCACUCGGACAUAACCAUUGGGAACCACCGUGUUGCCGAGGAGUUUAAGAAAUUGACCUUGUCAAGCGCCAUUUUCGGCCAGCUGUUCUCCCUUCCUCAACCCUUCACAGAUGCGGACUCAAGCUACACAGUGGACUUUGUUGCCCCGGGCAUCAAAUGCGACAAUUCCUCCCAUGCCUUGUUCCGGGAUGUGACUGUCGCUGCGCUUCGUUCUCAGGGAUACUCGACCAAAGUCGAUAGCCACGACUCUCAUUUUCUCAAUGUUUCGAGGAUCAACUUCGAUGAGCUUGAGUACUCGCAUGGACAGUCACGUACACAGAUUGGAUAUUUCGCCAGGAUCCCGGGUGCAAACGACGACGCCAUGGAUUUUGGGCUCGCAAAUGGUACCAGAAACGAGAUUCAUAUCGUUGUAGCAGGCCACACACCAACGACGCACGCCACUGUUCCAACCUUUCUUACCUGUCAACUCUGGAACGUAUCGAGAACAGCCAACAUCUCAACGACAAACGGCGUUCAAAGCGUACAAGUAACCGGCACGAAGCUUCUAAACAAAUUCGACCGGGCGUUCCAGCCACUGUACCCAGAAGAUGUGGAGAAGGAUACAUUUGCGACGGAAGAAGUCUUCUACACGGCAUUCUUCCUUGGCAUGGCGAAACGUUUACUUGGGUUCAUUGGCACCACCAAGAUCCAAGAUAGCGUGGUGUCGGAUCCUCCAGCAAGUAUUCAGGAGACAGUGCUGACAAGCUCCACGGAGUAUGUGGCCAUGGCUCGAAACAUCAGCACAUACUACUCCAGCAGCUCCGCAAUCGACAGCGACAGACCUCUGGCGAUGAUGAUUGAGGAGCUGGCUCAGAACAUAUCGUUGAAUCUGAUGACCAGGGACUUCUUCAGUAAACGAGUGCCUUGGAACGUCACUCGCGUGGACAGAAUUACAGUCUACACCUACGAUCCACGCAAUCUCCUCCUGGCCUACGGAAUCGCCACCGUCAGCACUUUCCUGAUGGUUUGCGCCGGCUUCUUCGCCUAUCGGAGCAAUGGCGCGAGUUACAGCUCGGCAGUGUCUACUUUCAUUUGCACCACGCAGAAUCCCGACAUCAAAGACAUAAUCAGCGACCAAACUUCCGGGGCGCAGCCUCUCCCUGCUGACAUUGCGAAAACCAAGCUACGCUUCGGGAUUGUCAAGCGAAGAGAGACAGGCGGCGGUAUGCUGAGCCAGAGAGGCUGGACCGAAACCAUCGGGUUUGGCGUCGAGGGGACCGUCGGUGCUCUGUCGCCGUUGUAA